CGGCCGCGUGUGUGUGUGUGUGUGUGUGUGUGCGAGAGAGAGAGGGAGAGCGAAAGGAGCGAGCGACUAUAAAACCAGAAUUGGUCCGCCAGGCACCCAUUCCUGCGCCGAACACAAAGCCCACAUGUCACACAAGAAGCAAACGAGCCUGUUUUUGGCCGUGGCCUGCCUGGCGGCCGCUGCGGCGGCGGCCGAAGGCCCCAAGAAGCGGACGAUCGUGUCGACGCCGACGGGCUACCAGUCGGCGGCCAGCAGCUACCCACAGGCGGCCAUAAACUACCCGCAGGCGGCCAUAAACUACCCACAGGCGGCCAGCUACUCGCCGGCGGCCAGCGGCUUCUACGCGUCAGGCUUCCCGCAGGCGGCCAGCGCGUUCCAGACGAGCUACCCGCAGGCGUUCGGACAGGCGGCCAGCGCGUACGCGUUCAACCCGUCGCAGGCGGCCGGAGGCUACAACCUGGGCUUCCCCGCGCAGGCGUACUCGUCGUACCCGUACCUUCAGGGCUUCCAGGGCGCCUUCCAGCCGUUCGAGGCCCAGAAGAGCUUCGCGCAGGCUCCGGCUUACGGCUUUCGGCAGUCGUCGGCCGCCUACCUGAGGCCGGCGGCCGCGCAGCAGUCGCUGCAGGGCUACGCGGGCGACCUGGCCGCCUACUCGGGCUCGGCCGGCCUCAACGCGGCCUCCGCCUACUCGCUGCAGCCGCAGUUCCAGCCGCAGCCGCGCAUCCAGCCGCAGCAGUUCCAGCCGCAGGCGGCCAGGGUGGGCCCGGCCACGUUCGGCACGCACGGCGGCGGCCGGCAGGCCACGGCCGCCUCCAACCAGGUCAACAACGGCGGCUACGGCUUCGUCAGGCCCUACUAAAUAAAACCACAGCAGCGAAUUAAAUUAAAAAUAAAAAAAAAUCACGCCCAUCGAUCCAUCGUCACCGCAAUGCCGACUGCUCUAAUUUAGAUUUAGUUUUUAUUUAAAUUUCCUGUACAUAAUAUGUCAGAGUGAGGAAGAUGAAUAAAGAAAUAAAUCGCCUCUGCCUGGACGA